AUGGCCUGCGUGCAUUCGAGUGCUGCAGACCUCCAACCACCGGGAUCUUCUCAAGCUGUUUACAGAGAAGACUGUACACAAUGCUUUGACUCGAUUGAUCACGAGCUAGGCCUGAAUGUAUGCCUCCAUUGUUUCAAUGGUGGCUGCGCCGGGGAAAAUGACCACGCUCUCCUUCAUUAUCAACGUUUUGGGCAUUCUUUGGCCUUGAACAUUCGCCGAACACCCAAGCAAGUUCAGAGAGAUGAACCCCCGCCAAAAAUCUCGAAACUUGCCAUCGCCGCCGAGACAGAGGAGGAUCGAUACGAUAUUGCGACAUCGGUGGUAUGCUACCCAUGCCAACAAAGCAAUGUGGACGAAACAAGUGGGAACCUGCCUGCUGUCAUCAACGGGAUCAUGACUGCAAUGACUUUUUCUAAAAGGGAAGAGGUCAAAGCCUGGGAGCAAGAGUUCAUCCCUUGUGAACACACAAUAUCUCUUGUUCAACAACAGACCGAAGAUUCCCAAUCCAAAGAUUCUAGUCAAUGUUCCUCUUGCAACUUGAAGGAGAAUUUAUGGAUUUGUUUAGAAUGUGGGAACAUAGGAUGCGGCCGUAGCCAGUUUGGUGGUACCCAAGGGAAUUCUCAUGCUCUUGCCCAUGCUGACGCGUCGUCGCAUCCUGUAGCUGUCAAAUUGGGAUCUAUCACAGCUGAAGGCUCCGCAGAUAUCUAUUGUUAUUCAUGCAAUGAAGAAAGGACGGAUCCUGAACUUGCCAAUCACCUCGCACAUUGGGGUAUCUUUUUGGCUGGGCGCGAGAAGACCGAGAAAAGCUUAAUGGAAAUGCAAGUCGAACACAAUCUUCAAUGGGAGUUUUCUAUGACCACCGAGGACGGCCGUGAGUUAAGUCCAGUAUUCGGGCCUGGAUUCACGGGCCUCGCAAAUCUAGGGAACAGCUGCUACUUGUCUAGUAUCAUGCAAUCCAUCUUCUCUGUGGCGGGAUUUCAAAAUCGGUAUUAUCGUCCCCUUGAAGAGCCACCGUUGUGUCAAGUACCGGCCCAGGAUCUUGAGACCCAAUUGAGAAAACUGGCGGAUGGUUUAUUAUCUGGUCGUUAUUCGCGGCCUGAUUCACGACUAGCAGCCGGCCCAGAUUCGCCAGAGGUUGCACACCAAAAGGGCCUAGCCCCAGCCAUGUUCAAAUAUCUCAUUGGUCAGGGUCACGAGGAGUUCUCUACCAUGAGACAACAGGAUGCAUUCGAAUUCCUCCUCCACCUUUUCAAAACCGUGAGUCUCACAAAGCACCAGAAUGGCGAGGUCAAUCCUGUCCAAGAUUUUCGGUUUGAGGUAGAGCAACGGCUCCAGUGCUUGAGCUGUAAAAAGGUGCGUUACAAGGUAGACGAGCAAGAUAAUAUCUCGCUUGCUGUGCCUGCGCGUCGCAUACCGGGGGAAGAGAACCGAUUUGAGCCUGUCACUUUAUCAGAGUGUCUGGACAUAUUUACUGCUGAAGAGGUCGUUGAGCUCACUUGCCCUGCUUGUAACAGCUCUGAUGGAUUCUCGAAAAGAACUUCCUUCAAGACAUUGCCACGGGAAUUGGCCAUUAAUGCUCGCCGCUUUGAGCUUGUCAACUGGGUCCCAACAAAACUAGACAUCCCAUUGAUUGUCGAUGAUGGGGCAGUAGACCUGGGUCAUUACUUGGCUAGUGAAUGUAGCGCAGAUGAGGAGCUAUUAUCCGAGAUCGACGAGCCAGUCAGCUUCCAGCCUGAUGCCGCCGCCAUGGAACAACUUUCAAGUAUGGGCUUCCCGGCUGUAAGAUGUGAGAAGGCCCUUCACGCAACGGGAAACUCUGACACGGAAGCUGCGAUGAACUGGCUCUUUGCUCACAUGGAAGACCCUGACAUCGACGAGCCACUGGCUCUGGGUAAGUCGACACAGGGGUCUGGGGCUAGUGCGCAUGACGAGGCGAAGAUUGCACAGCUAGGUGAAAUGGGUAUCGAGGUAGCCAGGGCUCAGCGAGCCUUGUCUGCUACCGAUGGCGAUGUCAAUCGAGCUUUAGAUUGGGUUUUCAGCCAUCCCGACGAGGAAGCUCUGCAAGAGGACAGCAAUGAUGAACAAUUAACAGGUGCGCCUCACGGAUGCAGCGACUUGCCAGCCAGGUAUCAUUUACGGUCCAUUGUAUGUCACAAAGGCACAUCGGUCCAUGCAGGGCAUUAUGUGGCUGUUAUUCGCAAGGCAUUGGCAGACAAGACUGAUCCAUCUUGGGUUAUGUUCAAUGAUGAGAAGGUCGUCAAAUUCGAGGAGCUCGAUCAGAUGAAGCAAAGUGCCUACAUGUACUUUUUUACCCGGCUAUAA